AUGAAUUCACUCCACUCAUCCUGUUGGAACACCUCUGCUGAACUUUUGAACAAGUCCUGGCAUAAAGAGUUUGCUUAUCAAGCCCUCAGCGUUGUGGAUACAGUCAUCCUCCCUUCCAUGAUUGGGAUUAUCUGUUCCACGGGGCUGGUUGGCAACAUCCUCAUUGUAUUCACUAUAAUAAGGUCCAGGAAAAAAACAAUUCCUGACAUUUAUAUUUGCAACCUGGCUGUGGCUGAUCUGGUCCACAUCAUUGGAAUGCCUUUUCUUAUUCACCAGUGGGCCCGAGGAGGAGAAUGGGUGUUUGGGGGGCCUCUCUGCACAAUCAUCACAUCACUGGACACCUGCAACCAGUUUGCCUGCAGUGCCAUCAUGACUGUAAUGAGUGUGGACAGGUACUUGGCUCUCGUCCAACCAUUUCGACUGACAAGUUGGAGAACGAGGUGCAAGACCAUCCGCAUCAAUUUGGGCCUUUGGGCAGCUUCCUUUAUUCUGGCGUUGCCUGUCUGGGUCUACUCGAAGGUCAUCAAAUUUAAAGACGGCGUCGAGAGUUGUGCUUUUGAUUUAACAUCCCCUGACGAUGUACUCUGGUAUACACUUUAUUUGACGAUAACAACUUUUUUUUUCCCUUUGCCCUUGAUUUUGGUGUGCUACAUUUUAAUUUUAUGCUAUACUUGGGAGAUGUAUCAGCAGAAUAAGGAUGCCAGAUGUUACAAUCCCAGUGUUCCAAGGCAGAGAGUGAUGAAGCUGACAAAGAUGGUGCUGGUGCUGGUAGCAGUCUUUAUCUUGAGUGCUGCCCCCUAUCACGUGAUCCAGCUGGUGAACUUGCAGAUGGAGCAGCCCACACUGGCUUUCUAUGUGGGCUAUUACCUCUCCAUCUGUCUCAGCUAUGCCAGCAGCAGCAUUAACCCUUUUCUCUACAUCCUUCUGAGUGGAAAUUUCCAGAAACGCCUGCCUCAAGUGCAGAAAAGAGUGACUGAGAAGGAAAUCAACAACAUGGAGAACACCUUGAAAUCAAGCUUCUAG